UUAUUUUGUUUUAAUUUUAUGUAUAAAAUAUGAUCAUAAAUUGCAAGAUUAUAUUAAAGAGAAUUGUAAGAUUGUAAUAAAAAAGCAUAGAAAGUGAAACGCUAUCUUGUGAAUUGUUACAACGGUGACUCCAGCCACGAAUUCUUGGACCAUUACCCAAUUAGUUCCUAACUUUUUUGUGAACGUUUCGUUUUGAUUCCUAAAUUUAUUUUUUUUUAAAUCAUAUUUGAUUGAAAUAAUUGAGAAGUUAGGAAUGAUGUUUACUAAGUGCAUUUAAUGAUUAAUGAUGAUGAAAGUAGGCUUAAUUCAAAGCCGUAGGAGAAGACCAUGGCUUGAAACCUUGGAGUUGAUCCUCAACAGUUUUUGUUGUAAAAGGGGCCACUGCCCAUUAAGCCCAAAGGAAGAAAAGUUGCCUUUUCCUCCCUACUGAAUGCUCUUAUCUAAAAAGCUUAUUCUAAGCACACCCUUGAUGGAUUCAAGUCACUUGUAGACUAAUUAUUUUUACUACUUAUAAUUCUAUAAUUAACAAUCAUAACCAUGGAUUUUUUUAAAGAUUCAUAUCAUAUUUAUUAUAUGGAACCCUCGUAGACCAAAUACUUAUAAAUAAUUAUUAUUCUAUAAAAAAAAUUAUUUCAUCGUGGAGUUAAAUUUUACAAAAAGAGUGAAAAACAUCUCUUAUAGGGCAUAUUAAAACGAUAAAGAUACUAAUAUAAUAAAAAUACAUUUAAAAACUAUAUAAAAAAAAACUGGACACAUUUUAUAAUUUCGUACAAUUUUAAUUGUCACUAAAAUAAACUCGAUCCACGAUCAAAAUUAUCAUUAUAAUGGAGUCCUUCGGUGUUUAUAUGGCCCAAAGCUGGCUCCACGCAGCCAUGCAUCUCAGCUUCCCGCCAUUUUACCCUAGGUAUGACUGAGAGUUCAAUUCUCAAUUACAGAGGAAGGCAGAUGUUCAUCAAAUCCGUAAUAACAAGCACAAACUCACCAACAAGAAGUCGAAACUUUUUCCUAAACCUCCUCAAGAAAUCCAUCACUGUUUCUCAUCUGACCCAAACCCACGCCCAGAUCAUCCAUAAUGGCUUCCAAAAUGACCUCUCAACCGUUACCAAACUCACCCACAGGCUCUUCGACCUCAAGGCCACCUCCUAUGCACGUCACCUCUUCCUCUCCAUCCCAAACCCCGAUCUCUUCCUCUUCAACGUUCUCAUCAAAGGCUUCUCUAACGUCCAUUCCAUUUCGCUCUAUACCCAUUUGAGGAAAUGCACUCACCUCAACCCUGAUAACUUCACCUACGCCUUCGCUAUCGCAUCCGCUUCUACCCUUUCGGAUGAGAAAGUGGGUAUGUUGUUACACGAACAUGCGGUUGUUGAUGGGUGUGGAUUGGAUUUAUUCGUGGGUACUGCUGUUGUUGAUUUUUAUUUGAAGAUUUGGCGAGUUGAUUUGGCACGAAAGUUGUUUGAUAAAAUGCCUCUAAGAGAUACGGUGCUGUGGAAUUCGAUGAUUUCUGGGUUGGUUAAAAUUUGUUGUUUUGAGGAUGCGUUACUGAUUUUUGGCGAUAUGCUUAAAGAUGGCGGGAUUCGGUUGGAUUCAACUACUGUGGCUGCUGUUUUACCGGCUUUGGCGGAGUUGCAAGAGUUGACUUUGGGGAUGGAGGUUCAGUGUUUGGCUUUAAAACUCGGGUUUCAUUCCUAUGUUCAUGUGCUUACCGCGCUUAUUUCGUUGUAUUCAAAAUGUAGGGAGAUUGAGGCGGCUAAGUUAUUGUUUGGAGAGAUUGGCAGACCAGAUUUGGUUUCUUGUAAUGCAAUGAUUUCGGGGUAUACCAGCAAUGGUGAGAGUGAGUGUUCGGUGAGGCUCUUUAAACAACUCCUUGGUUCUGGGGAAAAAGUCAAUUCAAGUACAAUUGUAGGGUUGAUUCCUGUCUUUUCUCCCUUUGGUUAUUUAAAUCUUACUACUUGUAUUCAUAGUUUCUGUGUGAAAUCUGGUAUUGUUUCACAAUCUUCUGUUUCAACAGCAUUAACUACUGCUUACAGCAGACUAAAUGAGAUUGAAUCUGCUCGGCUGCUUUUUGAUGAGUCCUCAGAGAAAACUCCAGCGUCUUGGAAUGCUAUGAUCUCAGGUUACACACAAAAUGGAUUGACAGAAGCAGCAAUAUCUCUUUUCCAGGAAAUGCAGAUGUCCAAAGUUAGUCCCAAUCCUGUCACAGUUACAAGCAUUCUUUCAGCUUGUGCUCAGCUUGGAGCUCUAAGUCUGGGGAAGUGGGUACAUGGCCUAGUUAGAAGCAAGAGUUUUGAGUCUAACAUUUAUGUGUCAACUGCUUUAAUUGAUAUGUAUGCAAAAUGUGGUAGCAUUAGAGAGGCUCGAAGAUUGUUUGACUUGAUGCUGGACAAGAAUGUGGUGACUUGGAAUGCAAUGAUUUCAGGUUAUGGCCUUCAUGGCCAGGGCCAGGAUGCACUUAGGCUCUUCUCUAAGAUGUCUGAUUCUGGGGUUGCACCAAAUGGUGUUACAUUUCUUUCUCUCCUGUAUGCUUGCAGUCAUGCUGGCUUGGUGAAAGAAGGAGAGGAAAUAUUUCAUUCUAUGAUCCAUGUUUAUCACUUUGAGCCAUUAGCUGAACAUAAUGCCUGCAUGGUUGACAUCCUUGGCAGAGCUGGCCAAUUAGAGAAAGCCUUAAAGUUUAUAAAGGAAAUGCCAGUUGAGCCAGGUCCUGCUGAGUGGGGUGCAUUGCUUGGUGCUUGUGUGAUCCACAAGGAUAAAGAGCUUGCCCGUGUGGCUUCUGAAAGGCUAUUUGAAUUGGACCCAAAAAAUGUAGGAUAUUAUGUUUUACUGUCAAAUUUAUACUCAGCUGAGAGGAACUAUCCACUGGCUGCUUCAGUCCGACAAGAUGUUAAGAAAAGAAAGCUGGCAAAGAUUCCUGGGUGCACUCUAAUUGAGAUUGGUGAAACCCCACUUGUCUUUACAUCUGGUGAUCGGUCCCAUCCUCAAGCAUCAGCAAUAUAUGCAAUGCUAGAAAAAUUAAUAAGGAAAAUGAAGGAGGCAGGUUUUCAGACCGAGACUGAUAUGGCAUUGCAUGAUGUAGAAGAGGAAGAGAAGGAGCUAAUGAUAAAUGUUCACAGUGAGAAAUUGGCCAUUGCUUUUGGCCUUAUUGCUACGGAGCCUGGAACUGAAAUUAGGAUUUUUAAGAAUCUUCGAGUUUGUGUAGAUUGCCAUACUGCUACUAAAUUUAUAUCCAAGAUUACUGAGAGGGUCAUUGUGGUUAGGGAUGCUAAUCGUUUCCAUCAUUUUAAAGAUGGUGUGUGUUCUUGUGGAGACUAUUGGUGAUGAAAUAACUAUUCAGUUCAUUGAAUAAGAUGGGUUGCAGAAAGCAACAAAUCAAGGUUGGGUGCUGUCAACCAAUUGGGCAUAAAGCCACCAGUCGACUUGGAUAGAAUCAUUUAUGCCAAAGUUAAUGCAAGUGAAUGCAAUUAACACUAUGUUUCACAUUCCAUACCUAUGUUCUAUAAUUUGGCUGGUUUUCUAACCAGAGAACUGGGAGAAUACCAAUCAAACCAUUCAGUUGUUCAACAUGAGUCUCAAGCUUUUGGCAAUCUUUAGAUUUUCAUCAGUUCAUGCUUCCUGUUUCCUUAUGUCCUUGAAGAAAUUUUGUGCAUAAACAGAUCUUGGAGUAACUGUUUCAUGAAAGAGAUAUUUCACAUCGCAAAAGUCUAGAUGUGUAAAGCUAAGGAGACCAAUUUUCAAGCCAAACUCAGUAUGCUCCGGUCAUGAAUCAAGGAAAACUGAUUGUCAUACCAUU